UGCCCCGCAAGCCGCCCGCGCGCAUGGAGGCCCGCACGCACCUCCAGCUCGGCUCCGUGCUCUACCACCACACCCGCAACGGCGACCAGGCCCGCGGGCACCUCGAGAAGGCGUGGUUGAUAUCGCAGCAAAUCCCCCAGUUCGAAGAUGUUAAGUUUGAGGCUGCGAGUCUCCUGUCCGAGCUCUAUUGCCAGGAGAAUUCAGUGGAUACAGCGAAGCCUCUGCUACGCAAAGCCAUCCAGAUCUCGCAGCAGACCCCGUACUGGCACUGUCGGCUACUUUUUCAACUUGCACAACUACAUACACUUGAAAAAGACUUAGUAUCUGCAUGUGACCUUCUAGGAGUUGGAGCAGAGUAUGCUCGGGUGGUGGGGUCAGAAUAUACCAGAGCACUAUUUCUGCUAAGCAAAGGGAUGCUUCUUCUAAUGGAGCGGAAGCUGCAGGAAGUGCACCCUCUGCUUACCCUCUGUGGGCAGAUAGUUGAAAACUGGCAAGGAAACCCCAUCCAGAAAGAGUCUCUGCGYGUGUUCUUUUUGGUUCUGCAGGUAACACAUUACCUGGAUGCUGGGCAGGUGAAGAGUGUGAAGCCGUGUCUCAAGCAGCUUCAGCAGUGCAUUCAGACCAUCUCCACGCUGCACGACGACGAAAUUCUGCCCAGCAACCCCGCCGACCUCUUCCACUGGCUGCCCAAGGAGCACAUGUGUGUACUCGUCUACCUGGUGACAGUGAUGCAUUCCAUGCAAGCAGGGUACCUGGAGAAGGCACAGAAGUACACGGACAAAGCACUCAUGCAGCUAGAGAAGCUAAAAAUGUUGGACUGCAGUCCUAUCUUGUCRUCUUUCCAAGUCAUUUUGUUGGAACAUAUUAUCAUGUGCCGRCUUGUCACGGGCCACAAAGCUACAGCAUUGCAAGAGAUUUCUCAAGUCUGUCAGCUCUGCCAGCAGUCUCCCAGACUCUUUUCUAACCAUGCUGCCCAACUGCACACUCUAUUAGGGCUCUACUGCAUUUCUGUUAAUUGCAUGGACAACGCGGAAGCACAGUUUACUACAGCACUGAGGCUCACUACACACCAAGAGCUGUGGGCAUUUAUUGUGACAAACUUGGCCAGUGUGUACAUCAGGGAGGGCAACCGGCACCAAGAGCUUUACAGCUUAUUGGAAAGGAUAAAUCCAGACCAUAAUUUCCCCGUGAGCUCCCACUGUCUUCGAGCAGCAGCUUUCUACAUCCGAGGUCUGUUCUCCUUCUUCCAAGGAAGAUACAAUGAGGCAAAACGAUUUUUGCGAGAGACACUGAAAAUGUCAAAUGCAGAAGACUUGAAUCGAUUAACAGCGUGUUCUCUUGUACUCCUGGGUCAUAUAUUCUAUGUAUUAGGGAAUCACAGGGAAAGUAAUAAUAUGGUAGUACCAGCCAUGCAGCUUGCAAGCAAGAUACCAGAUAUGUCUGUGCAGCUCUGGUCUUCAGCUCUGUUGAGAGAUCUGAACAAAGCCUGUGGCAAUGCAAUGGAUGCACACGAGGCGGCACAGAUGCAUCAAAACUUCUCACAACAGCUCCUCCAAGACCACAUCGAAGCGUGCAGUCUUCCAGAGCACAAUCUAAUCACGUGGACAGAUGGACCUCCUCCCGUCCAGUUCCAGGCACAGAACGGACCCACCACCAGCCUGGCCAGUCUCCUGUGAAACACCAUGAGUGUCAGGACAGUGUGUUUAAAAAGACAAAAAAUGCCGAAAAAAAGAAAAAUUCAUGCAAAAUCUUUUCUUCAAAGAAAAGCCAGCAUAUUCCUCUUCUAGCGAGGGCCUCGUAGGAAACGGAUUGUAUAAAGAAAACGUACAUUUCAUAGACUUGCGAAGUGAGAAGGGCAUUUUAAGCUGCUUUUACAUAAUGUGUGUGAAUAUACAGCUAGUGUGUAUAUACCUUCUGGUUUUAAUCUGCUUUCCUCUUACUGAGAAUUAAGGUUUAGUCCMAAGGACACUUGUUCCUUAAAUGGGUUAGAUACUUGCUUUUUAAAAAUUGUCACCGAAAAUGAAGAGGACUUUGGCAUAGCAGCUGUGCUCUAGUAUUUAAGCCUUUCCUGAAGAAUGAUGCAUGCCAUUUUUAAUACUUUUCUGUGCCCUUCCACUCCAGGGAACAAUUGGAUUAAAUCAUGACUGACUGUAGGGUGCCUCAAAAAACCUCAAAAUUUGUCUUCUGAGGUGACGUUGUUCCCGUCUCGUUGGCCACAAGUCCUUGCCAGCUGGUUGUGACGAGGGGCACGAUGAGAUGGGGAGCUGUGAGUUGUGGCACGGGACRCUGGCCGGCGUGGGGAUGUGCUGGCUUCUUUGGGUUGUCUCCAGGUUGAGCAGCCCCGCACUGUUGGUAGAGGAGCAGGUCCCGUGUCCUGCCUUCACCCAGGMCCGUGGAUCCCCGUGCGGCUCUUCCCACUGCCUCCAGGCCGUGGAUCCCUGCGGAUCCCUGCGUGGCUCUUCCCAUUGCCUCCCUGCACUGGUGCCCGGGCCGAGGCAGAACCUCGGCUCUCGUCCCGUGCGAUCCUGUGCCGCGGCUUGUGCCCGCGGAGGAGGCUCCUUGUCCUCCUGUCCGCUCCCAACGCGGGCCAAGGAGCAGGACAGCRUCGUCCCUGCAGCCUCGCCAGGGCAAGGCAGCGCUUGUGCCUUAAAGAUUUCUACAGGUUAUUGAAGCCGUGUUAAACUGUCAGCACAGAUGGAUACCGGCGAGAGCCUAGUGCUGAUGAGCAAACGCAGUCCCGCAUUUGGCAAAAUCUUCCGUUUCAAAGCUUUGUGUUAGCUCUCUCGUUCUCUCRCUGUUUUUGAGUGCUCCAGCUGUAAAGUCUCCCUGCAUUUGCCUCUGUGGCUGUCUCAAACAGCAGAGAUGUGGCCCCAGUUUGUUCUGCAGGAAAGGGCAUGGGCAUUGCUAAUUCCUUGCAGUGUCCCUGGCUAUAGAGCCACUCCAUUGCAGUGCCAUGUAAAGCUUGCAAGGUUCGUGGGGUCAAAUAAAGCUGGUUUUCUCUGUUGGUAGCUCUGCCUAUUUAUCUCCCAACUUAAAAGGGGGUGGGGAAAGGAUUCUGUUAGAGGAAGUAGGACUUUCUGUAAUUGCUUUUUUUUUUGAGAGAGAAAGAAAAUAUUUAAGAAGAAAUAUUUGAUCCCUCAAGCCCUUAGAAUUUAUUCAAGACAGACUACUGUGAAAUCUAUCUUUAAUGGCCGUUCUUUUUCCAGUCUUGUCCCUUCUCUAGCAAAAGGUCACAUAGACGCUUGCUUUUUAGAAUUCAAGCCCCUCAGUUUGAGCUAUUGAAUGAUAUUAAGGGGACAAGUACUGGUCCAAGUACCAAGCAGGAUUUUACACUUCCUCURCUGAGCAGGCAAUGCUUGUUUAGCCCUUGUUCUCAGAAACUUAGAGAAGCCUUGUGAAUUUUAGGCCUUGCAAUCUCCAGCAGAGAAAUUAGGUCGGUAUAAGGAGACUUUUUCUACCUGAGUUUGCAAGAAACAAAGUUCAAUGCGGUUUAAGAUCCCGGGUGGUCCUUAGGAAGCCCAAGGAUCAGGAAGAACCCAGUGAGGGCUGUUAGCUGCCAGGAUUUAUUUGGAUAAAAAAGCUCCAGGGAGAAUCCGCCCUUCCGACAGCCUCGUGCAGGCGGCUCCUGGUCCGUCUCACUUGCCAGUGUCAUUCCGUGACAUCAGGUGUUUCUGGCUGCCACCUGGCUCCGACAUCUGUCCCGAUGCAGCGAUUGCUCCUUGCGCUGCGCCCUGCUGCAGGCACCUGAGCCGCGUACGCACAGCCAUGGAUUUGGAUCGGGAACGGUGAGGGAAAUCCCACCUCAGCAGCAUUGAUGCCCCAGGGGCUGCUUUUAAUUCUGCCUGUUCUUUUCCAGCCCCUUUGGUGCAGGAAACCGCUUCUCUUUGGCUCUCUCCUCGAAGACWCUCAGUAGGUUGCUGAGUGGUUGCAAGGAUUCGGCUCCUGUUUUAAGCAUCUUCAUAUAAUGGCCRUUUUCUUGGUGGUGCUUUCAGAAGGAACAGCUGGGCAAUGUCUGGUACCUGAGAAGGAUGGUACCAGUGUAUUUCAAACCUUGCUGGAGUCCCCUUCUGAGAAUCCAAGCACUUUUUUUUUUGUCUUUGUUCAAUUUGAGUCUGUUUAGGURUCUAAAUGUCCAUGGCAACUAUAAUAAAUUAAUUUAAAUGUUAGCCAAAAAGCACUGCUUCUAUAAGGCUUUCUUUUUCUUUAAGGUUAGAGCUGUGGUUUGGGCUUGCUUUAAGAAAGCCGUUUUGCAGCAAGCAAGAUCUGCUGGUGCCCCUUCAGGUAGCUGCAUCUCCCUGCCCUUUGCCUUCAGCUCCGGGAUUUGCGGAGUUGCAGGAAAAUGUGGGGUUUUUUUUCCUGUUUUCCUGGCUUCUCUCUGUCCAAACUGCACGAAACGGGGCUGCUUUGCAGCUCAGGUGCCUUGCCAGGCUGUUCCCGGAGGGAAGGAGGUGCUCAGGGAAAGGUUCCCUGCGUCUGAUGCGCCUGUUCCCGGCUUCCUCAUGGGAACCACUUGGCUSAAUGUGGUGCCUGAGCUCGGAAAAUCGGGAAGAGCAACCUGGAGAUUCCCAGGCUCUGGGACGAGGCAGCUUCACCUCGAGCCUUUUUGGUUUUCUCUUGCAUAGAUGGCCCUUGGUCACACUGUUGAGUGGAGGCACCGAUAUCCCCCAGCCCCGAGGAGCCCACGCGUGUUCCCUGUGUCCUCUUGCCAUUGCCCAGUUUCACAGAUCAUGUAAAUUUGAAAAUAACUUGCUGAUUUUCUAUCUCUAAAACUCCAUGUACAUUUGUUACAAUGUACAGUGCUUUUUAACUACACUUGUAUAUUAAAUUAUUUAAUAGUUUUUGCUUUUCGGUAUCUUUUGUAUGUAGCAGAGAUUAAAACAAGGACCUCAGAACUGAAGUUCUUCCUAAUUUUCGAAUGCGUAUGUAAAGUUGAAAAGAAAACUAGAAGUUUACMGUUUACAAACAAUGUUCUGUUCAGUGCUUGGUCUGUCUAACUUGAUUUGAACAACAUAUUUCUAAGCUUCCCUGUCCUGUCAUUUAAUUCUCUCUAGAAACAAACACGAAGUCUUUUAUGAACUUCUAAAAAAAAAUAUUCUUCUAAAGAUGUAAUUUAGAAAACUGUACAGUUUUUUUCCUCUAGUAUUUUUAAAUGAGUAGCAAGAACUUAAACAGAAGCAUCUAAUCACUGUUUUGUAGAUAGUGUAAAAACUUAUGUAUGUAUAGAGAACACAGUCUGAAGAAGUUUGCCUGUUUUAUUUCAUUUCCUACAGCAUGAACAKUGGGAGGGCCCACGUUCACAGGAUACUGAGCUCAGUUUGGGGACGGGGGAAUUAAAAUCUUCAUCCCCUGCCACCCCAUACCUGCGGUCACUGUGAGGCCACGAGCAAAAGUCAACACUGGCAAAAUAUUAGGGCCUUAGGUUGUUACGCUGCCUACAGACGCGUGGAGUUUGGCACCAUAUAUUCCCUGCUGUUUCACCGUGUUGGUUUUAUUUGUUUUUUUCCCAAAUUCUUUGCGUGGUUCAGCAGCGUCCCAUUGUACCUUAGAGACUGUUGACAUCUCCAAGUCACUCUGAACGAAGCUGUUAACGUCACCCAUGGCCGUUAUAGCCACAGUUACCAGAACUCGCGAGCGAGAAGGAAAUCCAAGGGGUAGUUCAGGCUGCACAGAACUCUCGGUGGCCAGGCUGCUGUCUGUCUUAGCAAGCGUAUUUAAUUGUUUCCUGCGAYUGAACCUUAAAUGUUAUGUCAGGUUUGUACAAUGUAUUGUUGUUUGUAGUUCUCCAUAAUUAGCAGGCC